CGCUUGCAGCAGCUGCUCGUGAGGUUGCCAGGCAGGGAAGGAAGCGUCAGGGCGGCUUUGCUUUUUCCCGCCGGAGAUCGCUGCGCCCGGCUGCAGAAGGGCGGCAAUGGAGGGUAGUGGGGAAGAAGAGAAAGUGACCCUGUCAAGUUUACGUGAACAGAACAGUGAUCAAUCUUGUGAAAAUGUGCAAAAAGAACCGUUUUCUUCUGGCUAUUGUGAAGAAUCAAGACUUACGCCAUACCUUACUUCUGGGGAAGCAGACAGACUUUGUUCAGUUAUUCAGUCCUUUGAUUCCAGCUUUAAAAAAGAUCACCCUGUGACAGAAACAUCCAGCCAGCUUGGAGAGUAUUUGACUUCUGAAAAUGAAAACGUGGAUAAUUCAGAUUACCAUCUUCCAGAAAGUGUAGAGGUGGAAUCUGUGAAGGAGGGUUUGAGUUCCUACAGCAGACUUGUGGAUAAACACCGGACCAGGGUGAAAGAACUGUUACUGUGCCUUCCAAGCAAAUCUCAGGAGAGCUCGUUGGAAGCAAGCUUUAGCGGGAGCGAAACAAAAGGGAUGUGGGAAGAUACCGCUAAUGAUGAAGUCGCUUUUCAGAGAAAGUUUCAUGAAGCAGAAUUGGCCAUAGGUUCCACAGAAAUGUUUCUACCAUCAUUUAGAGAAACACUUGCAAGAAUUACAAAAGCCUGUUAUGUUUCUGCAGCAGACAUGGUAAAGAUUACAAUGCAAGAGGAUUUGCUGAUAAAGGAGCUGGAGGCUCUCAACGAUAUGAAGGGACUCUUACAGGAUCUGCUCAGAGCAAGCAAAGACAAAGAAAUUAUCAGUAAACAGAUUGAAGAUUUGAUACAGAAGUUAACUGAAAGUGAAAUGGAAGUUGCAGUUCUCAAAAAUGAAGUGGUUCAGAAAGAGAGGUAUAUUUUAGAGCUUUCAAUUCAGCUUCAGGAAGAGAACGUCAAUGUACUAAAAGCAUCACGUCACUCUGAAUCAGUACAAUCAGUGCAAACUCACCUGCAGUGUCAGAUAGAGAAAAAAGAGGCUGAGAAUAAUCAGCGAAGAUCAAAAAUUCAGACUCUGGAAAAGCAGAUUUAUGAAUGGAAACGUGGGGAGCAUAAACAGCAGAUUUUGACUGAAAAGGAAAGAAGAGAGGAGAGGAAGAUUGCCCUCCAAAGAGCAGCUCAUGUUCAGAGACAACGAGCUAAACAUGCUAAAGCAGCAGUGCGGCACUUGAUCUCCAAAAUUAGGGAGAAGGAAAUCCAAUUGUCUGAGGCAGUUUCAGCUUCUAAUGUCUGGAAAAGUCAUCACGAGACGGUAGUUGAUGAAAAAACCAGGUUAGAAGUUCAGGCUGAUAAUCUGAGAAAGCAGAUAGCAGACCGUGCGAUGGAUCUCAAAAGAAUCCAAGAUGCUAGAAGAAAGGCAAAGAAUGAGCUUAUUGGACAGAUCCAUUCAAUCAUCUCUGAAAAUGAAAACAUUUCUCUUGAGAAUACAAAAUUAAAGGCUACCAUUGUUGCUUUGGAAAUGAGUGUUAUUUCUGCAGAAGCUGAACUCAUAGCAUUACAUGAAGAGGCACAGCAGCAGGAAGAGCUGGUUGAGAAAUACAGAAUUGAGGUGGGGAAAUUAGAAAUGGAAGCUACAGAAUUGGAAACCAGGCAUGAAAGGAUCCUGCAAGACAGCAAAAGGGUCACAGAAGCCAAGGAUCUAGAGAUGGACACGAUGAGGAGCCAGACAGAGGCUCGCUUGAAGGAGUUGGAACAUGUCCGCGACUUGCAGAAAGAAGCUGAAGAGAAGCUGCAGAAGUGUCAGGAGAGCCUCCUGUCCUGCCAAAAGAGCUGUCUUGAUCAAUCAAAAACCUUCCGGGAGCUACAGCUUCAGGUAGGGGACAGUGGUGGGUUCUUGGAACAACUUUCUUUGGAAGAGGAGAAUCGAAACAUUCAGAGGAAGUAUGAAGAAGUUAAAAGAAAACUAGAAGAGGUGGAACUGCAAAACAAAGAACUUGAACAUCAGCUAGCAAGCCAAGAAGAGAGUCUUCGGAACACUGAACUCAAGUUCAAACAAAAACUUGCAGACAGUGAUGCAUUAACCAGACAAUUGGAAGCUGCUUUGGAAGAUGGGAGGAAAAAGUUAACAGAAGAGAUGGAAAAAAUCACUUCUAAAGAGCAAGCCUUUCAAAUGAAAAUACUGGAUCUAGAAAAUGAAUUAAGAAAGAAAAAAGAAGAGCAAAAACAGCUUUCUAGAAGACUGGAUGCUAGAGAAAAACAUCACGAAGUGUCUUUGAAGGAACUGGAACACAACCUUCAAAGAUCAGAAAAUCAGACCCAGAGUAUUCAGAAUUAUGUAAAGUUUUUGAAAGCCUCUUAUGUAACCAUGUUUGGCUGAACUUUCCGUGUUUCUUUCAAAAAGUAAAGGAGCAUGUUCUGGGGCCCACGUGUGUGUCUGUUCAUCACAGCACAGCUUGCUGUGUAGGACCUUCUCUGCUAUGUUGUCUGAAGGUUAUAUUUUGUGUUAAUUUCUAGGCACAGACUCUUGGGAAAGCCUCUCUGUUUGAAAGAAGCAAACAAACCGAGCAUCAAGAAAGAUGACACAUGGUGAACAAAUCUGAAGCCACUCUUUCACCCUGAAUGUCUCUGAAAUUCAAAAGGUUACUUAAUGCCCUGUGAUAACUAGGAUGCCCUCUUCCAAACAACCCAAUUUCUUACUUUUGAUUUGGCAGAAUUUUUAUUUGGUCUUAGACCCGAUAUUGAUAAACUGGAGAUUUGAAUGAUGGGGAUACCAUCGAAAGAUAGCUGCCUGAAUCCAGAGAUGGCCUUUGAACUCCCUAGGAACCGCUCUCUUGCUGAUAUGAAUCAGGAACUUUGCUCGUCUCGAGCACAUUUCUGAGGCAGCCUCCCUCAGUCUGGUGCCACCUGCUCAGUGUUUUUGGAUUUCUGUGCCUGUAGUUUCUCACCAUUAGCCUUAGUGGCUGGGGCUGAUGGGAGCAGGAAGCCCAAACUUAUCUGGAGAGUCAUAGGCCAGAGAAGAAGGAUCUGAGGUCUUGAUUUAAGGUUACUGUACAAGCCAAGAACAAAACAGGAAGGUGGCACAAGUUCAGAGAAAGACUUGCUCUGAUGCUCACUCUGACUGGCUGGAAAUGGUCCUUCUGGCCUCAAUAUGUGCUGUAGUUACUCCGUCUGGUUCACUCCUCUUGAAUCGGGCAGAGUAGUACUAUCAGUUGGCUCCAGAUUAAUUGAAAUCCCAUUGAUGAUAUUUUAAGGAAAAACAAAUGCAAACCUCUGAAUAUUUUCACAAAACUAUAUUUAUGUAUUUUUAAUAAUUAAAAUCCAAUGUCAUGUUCUUUGCUUGAGGAGAGGCUAAACUUCAGUUUAGUGAAGCUGACUAAACUUCCCAGAGACUUUCAGGCUUGUGAUUAUGCUCUCCCUCUUUGGACUGUUAUCUCCUAGCAUCUUCCAGCUAGGAUGUCUGGUAAAGAGCCGUGAUCUGGGAAGCCCAUAUUCUGUGGUUGAAAAUGUAACUUUUCCAAGCAUUUCUUUCAAUUGGCAAAUCAUCUGAAAUAGACAUCCAGCAAAAUCUGAAAAAUUUUAAUGGCCAGAAUCCUGUUACUUGUAGUAAAUUGUAGUAAAAUGGAGAUUUCUAGGUUCCACUUUAUAGGUUUCAUUGAUUCAAAUGGGCCUACUCUAACUGUGACUUUCUGUCCAUUUGAAUCAGUGGAGCUUAUGGAAGAG